GUAUAUACCUGUUUAGCAUGUCAAGUUGCUUUUCCUACUUCUGAAAGACAGAGAGCUCAUUACCGUACCGACUGGCACAAAUAUAAUCUUAAGCGUAAGAUCGCUGAACUUGUUCCGGUCGAUGCCGAGCAAUUUGCUCAGAAAGUUCUUGCCCAACAAGCUGUUGGUCGUGAAGAGGAAGAGAGAUCUGGCUUGAUUUACGAAUGCCCUACUUGCAAGAAAUCAUACGGCUCCGAAAAUUCAUACCACAACCACGUCCAGUCCCGAAAGCACCAGGAAGCUGAACAAAAGGCUCUUCAGGGAGCUAGUGCAUUGGCAAGAGUACAGAACGAAGGACGUCUGUUUUCUGAUCAUUCUGACAUGGAGGAUGAAGAUACUCACAUGACCACCAAGACCAAUCAGAAUCCCGCUCUGGACUGCAUGUUCUGUAACCACACCAGCAAGGACUUUGACAGCAACCUUGGUCACAUGUUUAAGGACCAUGGAUUCUUCUUGCCCGACAAAGAGUACCUCAAAGAUGUAGAAGGACUGGUAGUUUACCUAGCUUCCAAGGUCAACAAUGGUAUCUGCCUGUACUGUAAUGGACGUGGCAAGGAAUGGAAGAGUGUCGAGGCUGUCAGAGGACACAUGCACGACAAGGGACAUUGUAAGAUGGCUUAUGAUGAUACCGAAGACCCAGAACAAUUGCUGGCAUUUUAUGACUUUGGACCUUUUGAUGAAGAAAGCCUGUCAGAGGCAGAUCAGCAGCAAGUUGAGCAACAGGGGUCAGACGCA